GUUUCAUUCAGGUUUCGUUCCUGCUUCAAGUUGUUCUGACUGAGCUUCUAGAUCUUUAUCCUGCGGUUUGGAAUACGAUUACCAAAGUGGUAUUACCUUCUAUAGGAGCUUACAAUGCCGAAAGCAGAUUCUUCCAAGCACUCCAAGUCGAAACCUGAAGGAAAACACCCCACUCAAAGUGAUCGUCAUGGAAGUUACUCUGUGGAUGAAGAUUAUGGAAGCUAUGAAGAUUUUAUGCACUCAUACGGCCUAAAGCCGUGGGAUGCCGAUGACAUAGAGGAGGCAAGUCAGAUCGCAAAGGUUAUUGAAGAGAAUACAUGGAAGAGAGAAGCGAAAGGAGGCAGCAAACCGUCUUCCAGCAGGAACCCUCCAUACCAGGUCCCUUCUGACUCCUCGUCUUCACGUUUUCCAGCGGAGAAAUCGUCUGCAUCUACCUCUCAAAAGCAACCAGCGGUCCCGAAUCCACUUUCAGAACAGGACAUUCCAUUACACACGGAUGCCGGCUUCUCCAGCUACGAUUCGUUUGGAGGAUACGAGAACUUCAUGCAUUCGUAUGGUUUGAAACCUUGGGAAGACGAUGAUAUUGAGGAAGGCCAAGCUAUUGCAGAAGUUCUCGAAAAAGAUCACUCUGGUUCGUCGAAGAGCGGGAGCGGACUUGGACAGGAGAACUCAGGCGUAGCUAUCCUGGAGUCACCGUCCGGACCACGGCUUACGCCUAUAUCUGAAGGCAAGGGGGAUCAAGGUGAUCUGGACGAUGCUGAUUACGACAGUGACGACCAAAGUGGACACCCGCUCUAUGACUCCUUUGGCGGGUAUGAGAACUUCAUGCAUUCCUACGGAUUAAAACCUUGGGAUAGCGACGACAUAGACGAGGGCGAGGCUAUCGCUCGGGUUCUGGAAGACCAUGGGCACCCAUCGAAGGAGUCAGACUAGUUCAUUGCGCCUCAGGCUUCGUAGAUACUGGCCAAGAGACAUGGCGGGUACUAUGAUAGCGUGGAAUUCUGGGGUUUGUUAUGACUAUAA